AGCCUAAUAUAUGAUAUAUAAAUUGCUUUUAAAAAGAUUUAGGAUUUUAUUUUUUUUAUAUUUUUUUAUUUCGAUAAAAUGCUUUCGAAAAGAUAGAGAAAACAUCGAGCAAAGUGCAAACACCUCUCUCUCUAUCUCUCAGCUCUCAAAGCUGCAGCUCAAAUGCUUUUAGCAAUUGCGAAGCUAAAAUGCUAAAGCUUUGCUUCCGAGUAUGUCCGAAACAAUUUCAGGAAUAUAGGUACUUGGAUGGGAUGGAAGACACAACUACAAAGUAUUACAAGGGUAACAAAUUGUAAUACUAGCAUCUGUAAUACUCACCAAGAAUAGCAUGGCUUCUGCCAGUCUAGGAAAUGGGGGAGUUGGCAGUUCCAGGACUGUUAAUGGCUUUAAGAGUUCAUCUAGUUCAGUUGACUGGCUUGGAAGGGAGAUGCUUGAGAUGAGAUUGAGAGACCGGGUGGAUCAAGAUGAGGACAGGGAUAGUGAACCGGAUAUUAUUGAUGGUGUGGGUGCUGAAGCAGGACAUGUGAUAAGAACUACCAUUGGUGGGCGAAAUGGUCAAACUAGGCAGACGGUCAGUUAUAUUGCAGAGCAUGUGGUCGGAACUGGUUCUUUUGGUGUUGUUUUCCAAGCAAAAUGUAGAGAAACUGGAGAGAUUUUUGCUAUCAAAAAAGUCUUACAAGACAAGCGCUACAAGAACAGGGAGUUACAGAUUAUGCAAAUGUUGGAUCACCCUAACAUUGUUGCAUUGAAGCAUUGUUUCUUUUCGACAACAGAUAAAGAAGAGCUAUACCUCAAUCUUGUGCUUGAAUUUGUUCCUGAUACUGUUAACCGUAUUGCAAGGAACUAUAACAGGAUAAACCAACGAAUGCCCCUGAUAUAUGUUAAACUCUAUACUUAUCAGAUCUGCAGGGCACUUGCUUAUAUCCAUAAUUGCAUUGGUAUUUGUCAUCGUGACAUUAAGCCUCAAAAUUUACUAGUGAAUCCACACACACAUCAGUUGAAACUAUGUGAUUUUGGGAGUGCCAAAGUUUUGGUGAAAGGAGAACCAAAUGUUUCUUACAUAUGCUCAAGAUAUUACCGUGCUCCAGAGCUCAUAUUUGGUGCCACUGAGUAUACCACUGCUAUAGAUAUAUGGUCUACAGGUUGUGUGAUGGCUGAAUUAUUGCUUGGACAGCCUUUGUUUCCUGGUGAAAGUGGAGUUGACCAACUAGUUGAGAUUAUUAAGGUUUUGGGGACACCAACAAGGGAGGAGAUAAAGUGCAUGAAUCCAAACUAUACCGAAUUUAAGUUCCCGCAGAUAAAGCCUCAUCCAUGGCACAAGGUCUUUCAGAAACGUUUACCCCCAGAAGCAGUAGAUCUUGUAUGUAGGUUUUUCCAGUACUCCCCCAAUUUGCGAUGCACCGCUUUGGAAGCUUGCGUUCACCCUUUCUUUGAUGAAUUGAGAGAGCCAAAUACUCGACUUCCUAAUGGCCGACCUCUUCCUCCUUUAUUUAAUUUCAAACCCCAGGAGCUUUCAGGCAUUCCACCUGAUACUGUUAAUCGGCUUAUUCCGGAGCAUGCUCGUAAGCAGAACUUGUUCAUGGCAUUACACACCUAGCAACUCUUCCGAAUCUCUCUUGCCAUGGCUCUCCAAUAUGGUCUUGUACAAUCACUUGUAAAAUUCUACGUAAAGUUGUGUUGCGAAAGGAGUUCGUUGGGAAAUUUAGAAAAUUGUGAGUUUUGAAUUUGUAUUCGGAUGAAGGUGGUUUUUGUAUAUUUGUUCAAAGACUCAACUGUGAAUCCCACGGGCAGGCAACUGUUGGUGAAGAUAUAAAGAUUAAAGAUAUGGAAGCGUGGUUAUUAUGAAGUCCAGUUUUUAAUAAGUAAAGCAAAAACGAAACAAUAUAUGCUCUAUUAUUACUUAAACUAAACGCAUUGUAUACAUGUUAGCUUAUUAUUUAGUAGAGCUAAGCUGUUAGAUCA